ACACUCCCUCCUGACACAGCCGACUCGGCAGCAGGGUUGAACAGCAGCAGCAGCAGCAGCAGCAGCUUGUCCUGGAUUACAAGGCUGUCACAUCGGAGUAGACAGGCGGUUGUAGUGCUGAACUAACUGAAGGAUUGUUUUGGUUUUUUGCCUCCUCUGUGUCUUCUACUACACUGUUUUCCAAGUCAGCUGCCUCCCGGGCUUGAUUAAUUUACAAGGCUGUGCAGAGGCACGCAGAGGGAUUUAUUUAGAGGCUGGAAGUCAACGCUGAGGGGAUCUGAAGAGGAAUCGGAAGAUAAGGAGCUGACAACACAGACCUGUCCCAUAUUGAUCUUCUGUCUCUCUCUCUCUCUCUCUCUCUCUCUGUCUCUCCCUCUCUCUCUCUCUCUCUCUCUCUCUCUCGGAGUGACACCAAACACCUCUAACCCGGAAACAGCCUGUCUGUCAGGCAAGGUGGAUGUUAGGAUUAAAACCUCUUGAGGAUUUCACUGAGUUGCUCCCUUGACGUCUUCUCUUCCUCACCCCACAGUUCUCUCCCCUGAGGCAGGGCUGUGUGAACGGGUCCGAGGGGGGCAGCGGUAGGGGCUGUGAGGAGCGGAGAGGGGCUGUGCCGGGGUCCUCAGGGGCAGAGGAAGAAGCAACAGCCUGGCCUGGCCUCUAUGCGGUUGUGGAAAGGGACAGGGUCAGGGAGCCUGGGGCUGGUUCAGGCUGCAGGGUCUGGUGGUGGGAUAGAAAGACAGGCGCUGCUGCGGCCAUCAUGGCGAGGAGUGGCUGCAUCCCCCUAUGCUGGGCCCGGGGCGCCUGUGUUUAUGCUCAACACCCUCCACUCCCAAAAUAUGACAGACAGCUAGCCCCCACCAAAGGAAGCAUGGCGUCAGCGUACCUGGACCCCAACCUGAACCACCACGCUGGGUUGGGCGGUGGGGUGUCGAAGCCGGGGACCAUGGACCGGGUGCUCAAGAUCCACCACUACUUGGAGAGCAACAGUGAACCAUCCACCUGGGCCAGCCACAUCCGCCAUGGAGACGCCACUGACAUCAGGGGUAUCAUCCAGAAGAUAGCAGACAUCCACAAGGUGAAGUGUGUUUCCUGUCUGGGCCUGCGUCUCAGCCACCUGCGCUCAGGGAACAUCCACUGGCUGCACCCCGACAUGGGGGUGUCCCGCGUCAGGGAGAGGUACGAGCUGCUCCACCCUCAGGACGAGUGGAGGUAA